GUGUGUCAGACUUUUUUUUUUUUGCUUGACUUCGCAUUGUAAACAACUGCCCAAAAUAGUUUCGCCUUCGCCCGUCGUCACGAGAACUUCAGUAGUUAACUAGCCCGUAAAAUCAUAUUAACAAGCCAGGUAGAUAGCUAGUUGCAUAGAAUUUAAACAUUUUUUCGCUGUGGUUGCUGGCUAGCUAAAGAGUCCCUUGUCUUAAUUUCGCCGUUAACGUUUGUUACUGGUUAGGGAUACUAGCUGGUUACAACCAACGUUGGAGGCAUAACUAGGUAGCUAACGUUAACAUCGCUGAUGUAGCUAUUUAUGAAUUUGCUAGCCAACAGUUUGCUGAGCAAUAUUACCUGAAAAGCUAUCCACUGUAACCAGCUAAUUUUAACACAUUCUGUGUAAAACGCAUACAUUCGUUUAACUGUUAGCUAAUGUAAGUGGAUAGUGAGCUAAACUCGACAACUAGUUAACGAACAAUAGUUAGCUAUCUUUAACUAGACUACAUAUCCGUAAGAUAGAGCUUUCAAUUUUGAUUUGUUUAGUGAUAUCAAGCUAAAGUUAGGCAAACCUUCAAACUCCACAAGAUAAAGCAGUCGUCGGUCUUAUUGUAAAGAGAUGGUGAAGUUGACCAAGGCAAAGACUUUUCAGGCAUACCUGGACUCCUGUCAUCGCAGGUAUAGCUGUGUGCACUGCCGAGCUCAUCUGGCCAGCCAUGAUGACCUCAUCUCCAAGUCUUUCCAGGGUAGUCAGGGGCGUGCCUACCUCUUCAACUCAGUGGUGAAUGUGGGGUGUGGUCCAGCAGAGGAAAGGGUGCUUCUGACAGGUCUUCAUGCUGUGGCAGACAUCUACUGUGAGAACUGUCACACCACGCUGGGUUGGAAAUAUGAGCAGGCAUUUGAGUCAAGUCAGAAGUACAAGGAAGGGAAGUUCAUCAUUGAGCUCUCUCACAUGAUCAAGGAUAAUGGGUGGGACUAAGCUGGAUCUGUUACUGUUCACACUCGCUGUAUCCUUCUGAGGACACAGUCUCUUUGUCACCAAGUCACUUUUUUCUCACCGAUUCUGCCCAGAAUUGUAACCAGUAGCUUUAGAAGUAGCCUUUGACAAUGACUCUCAUACGCUGCUCUGUGAACCGGACUCUCAUGAAUGCUCCCAGUUCUUUCAUCACUGACAGUCUUCUGUCUCUGUCUGAUCACACAGUAACUGAAUCGUCAUCUCAACUAAAUAGUUCAUGACUGACCCAAUGAAUAA